AUCUCCUCGGGGGUGGUGCUCUGUAUGAACGUCAGCUUCCAUGUCAUUGACACUGCUGACUACCUGAAACCGAUCGGCGUCCUCCUGAGAUUCAACCUGAGCGACUCCGAGUCCAGCCCGGUGCUGGAUGACAGGUGCCCUUCAUCCGUGAGGAGGAUGGUCCCGUUCUUCAAGGACUGCGGCGAGGAUGACGAGUGUAUCACUGACCUCUCCCUGAAGGCUCGGAUGGACAUUGUCGGCACGCGGGACAAACCGCACAUUAUCCGCAGGACCGCAGGAAGGUGGCGGUGGAGGCGGAGCUGGAGAACCGCAGAGAAAACUCCUACAACACCAGCAUGAAAGUGUCAUUCUCC